AUGGCAUCAUCAGCUCAAAAACAACUCCCGAUGCUCUUCCUAGUUUAUGUCCUUCUCUUGCUUAUUUUUAUGCAAGAAUUGCCUCAUCCUGCUUCACCCAACAGCUCUCCUCUAAUGGCCGUCGCUCUUUCCAGUAGCCAAACAAGAGAUGAGGAAGUGAAGGCACUUCUAAAGUGGAAAUCUAAGCUCAAUGAAGAGAGCCGCUCUAUCUUGUCCUCGUGGAAUGGUAGCGACACCUGUUCGUGGCAAGGACUUGGUUGUGAUCCUCUCGGAAGCGUCAUCAACUUGAACCUCUCGAGCUCCGCCCUCCGCGGUAUGCUUCAUGAUCUCGAUUUAUCCUCGUUGCCCAACUUGGUCACGCUUAAACUUGCCAACAACUCGCUCUUCGGGGACAUCCCCUCGAGCAUCGGCAACCUUUCCAAGCUCGCUUACCUAGACUUGUCUCAAAACCUCCUUUAUGGAGACAUUCCGACCCAACUCAGAUCGUUGCGGUCUCUAAAAGUUCUGGACUUAUCAUCGAACAAUAUCACGGGUUCGGUCCCCAGCUCUAUAGGAAGCUUGAGUAACUUGACCGGCUUAUACCUUCAAAACAAUAACAUCUCCGGGUUCAUCCCUCGAGAAGUAGGAAUGCUCAAUUCUCUCAAUGAUCUGUUAUGGCUUUUCAAUAAUGAUCUUAUCGGGUCCAUUCCAAUAGAAAUAGGAAUGUUGGUGUCUCUUAGUGAGCUCGACUUAUCAGCCAAUUACCUCAAUGGAUCUAUCCCUCCAACUCUAGGAAAUUUGAGUAAUAUAUUGAAGAGCGAACAAAGGAUAACAAUGUUCAUUUGGAGUAAGAGAUUGAAUGUCGUAAAAGGUGUGGCUUAUGCUUUGUGCUACAUGCACUGUGAAUGCUCUCCUCCUAUAGUACAUCGAGACAUAUCGAGCAAGAACAUUUUACUGGACGAAGAAUAUGAAGCUCACGUUUCUGAUUUUGGCACGGCGAAGGUUCUACAACCUUGUUCAUCCAAUUGGACUUCCUUUGCAGGCACCUUUGGAUAUGCAGCUCCAGAACUCGCAUACACUAUGGAAGUGAACGAGAAAUGCGAUGUUUAUAGCUUCGGAAUGGUGACAUUGGAAGUGAUCAUGGGAAGACAUCCAGGCGAUCUCAUAUCAUCUCUUGCGUCCACAUCUCCAUCAUCGCGGCGCCAUUCAACAGACUCUUGGCCGCUGAAAGAAGUUUUAGAUCAGAGAAUUCCGUACCCGAAAGGCUAUGUGCUGGGGGAAGUGGCUGUGGUGAUAAAGAUGGCACUUUCGUGCAUAAGUCCCAAACCAGAGCAUCGUCCGAGCAUGCAGCAAGUUUCUCGAGCGAUAUCGGCACAUAGCCCGAUCAUGUUAACCGCAUCAGAGGACAUCAAGUUGGAAGAACUAGUCGAUCCUACAUGCUUCACUUAUUGA